AUGAGCUCGCACUCACCGCCCCGAAUGGGGAGGAUCAAAGACCGGACCCCGGAGACGGCGGAAAUCGAGCCUAAUUCUCUUAUCGCAAUAAUUGUUUUCAAAACACCAACUUUAAGAAAACCGAUAAAUCUUAUGAUCGCCAACAUGGCCAUGUCGGACCUGCUGUGUCCAAUAUUUCUGUUUCCUCUGAAUCUGUUAGAGAUGCACUUGGCAUAUUAGUGAUCCACUUUAAGAUAGGCUUCUUUCUUUAAACCGUCUCCGCUGCAGUGUCGAUUCAGAGCCUGAUUCUGAUAAGAGUGGAUCGAUUUGCAUUGGAGCUGUUGUGGUGCCAAUCCGUUCCCCACUCAUCAGUAAAAGGCAUUGUCCAUUCUUCAUCAUUGCCUCAUGGAUCGUCGCAGAAGCCGCGUACUCGCCGUAUUUGUUUUCUUUCAAACUUACUGAACACCCUGGAGGGAUGGCACGGUGCACGAGACAAAUAUUACCUACGAACAUUUACCAACACCUAGCAGUUUCUGUUGCAUUCUUUUACAUUCCCUUUGUCUUGUUGAUCAUACUUUACUCCAUCAUCCUGAUCAAGCUUAUUAAGCAACACGUCCAUCCGGGUGAACAUUCAGCCGACGCUGAGGAACAGCGGUCAAGAGGAAACUGA